UUUAGGAAGUGCUCGGGUGUCGGCGGCUGCGGGAGGGAGCCUCCGCCGGGAAGCCUGCGGGCGAGACUGCUGCGCGCGCUGCGCUUCCGCACAGCGCACAUCCCGGGACCCAGGGGACCCAGGGAGACGGAGGAGGCUGCCCCGCAGGAGUCUGGUGGCGGGUCGCAGCUCCGCCCAGGACCGUCACCUCCGCGCAUCAGUCCCCCGCCGAAGGCGGCAGGAGGCCGGGCCACGUGGAAGGGUCGCAAAGGGUGGCCUCCGAUGGGCGGACAGGUGAGUGCUUCCAGCGGCCUCCAGCGCUGCGGCACGAAUGCAGACUGGAUGUCGGCGCUGCACCCGCUGCUCUGGGACAUGCCUCUGCACCACCUCUCCAUCCCAGGGAGCCACGACACCAUGACGUACUGCUUGAGCAAGAAGUCGCCCAUUUCCCAGAACGAGUCCCGUCUGCUGCAGCUUCUGGGCAAGGUCCUGCCCUGCAUCACACGCCCCAUGGUGCUCAAGUGGUCCACCACCCAGGUGCUGGGUGUCACGGAGCAGCUGGACGCAGGCGUGCGGUACCUGGACCUGCGGGUGGCGCACGUGCUGGGGGGCUCGGAGAAGAACCUGCACUUCGUGCACAUGGUGUACACGACGGCGCUGGUGGAGGACACACUCACCGAGAUCUCCGAGUGGCUGGAGAGCCACCCCCGGGAAGUGGUCAUCCUGGCCUGCAGGGACUUCGAGGGCAUGACGGACGAGCUGCAUGAGUACCUGGUGACCUGUAUCCGGAACAUCUUUGGGGACAUGCUGUGUCCCCGAGGGGAGGUCCCGACGCUGAACCAGCUGUGGACGCGACGCCAGCAGGUCAUCCUGUCCUACGAGGAGGCCAGCGUCGUGGGCCGGCACCGGGAGCUGUGGCCCGGGGUCCCCUACUGGUGGGGGGACCAGGUGAAGCCGCAGGAGCUGGUCCGGUACCUGGAGCGCAUGCAGAGCUGUGGCCGCCCAGGCGGGCUGUUCGUGGCGGGCAUCAACCUGACGGAGAAUCUGGUAUACGUCCUGGCGCACCCAUCCGGGUCCUUGGAGAAGCUGACGCUCCCCAGCCUGCCGUGCCUGCGGGCGUGGGUGCGCGAGCAGUGCCCCGGGCCGGGCCCGCGGUGCACCAACAUCAUCGCCGGGGACUUCAUCGGGGCUGACUCGUUUGCCAGCGACGUCAUCGCGCUCAAUGACAAGCUGCUGCGAUGCUGACGCGGGGACGUUUGGACGGAC